AUGAGCAAUCUUAGCAAUCAAACGGCGAAGGAAAUCGAGCUCCAAGACCGUGAACGUCAGCUUCGAAGGCGUGAAUUGGAACUUGACUACGAAAAGCAUGAGCUUAAACUUGAACACAGCAAGGCCGAGCUCGAAAAGCAUGAGCUCAGAAUCAAACAACGCAAAGUCGAACUCGAAAAGCACGAGCUUAGAGUUAAACAAGACAAAGGCGAGCUCGAAAAGAAUGAGGUUAAACUCAAGGACAAGAUAGAAAAGCUCAAUGAACUUGAAACCGAAUUGCGGAACAAUGGACCGGAUAUAAUCAGGCUAGCGAUAUCCAAGAAGUUCAGGCGUGGUAUGAUAGGCACGAAGGAGCGCGAACUCGAACAUGGCAAGGAUGUAAAUGCCCUUCAGCGAUGUCGAUAUGAACGGUACGUCUACGAACAAGACCUCGACAGCAAAGAGGAUCGCUUGGCGGAGUUCCUCGACGUGGAGACUAGGCUCCGAGAGAUUGCUCAACGGGAAAUAAGUCUGAAAGAACAAUAUGAGCAAGAUCCAACAAGAGUCGAGCAAGAGUUCAAGAAAACAGAGAAGGAAUAUAAACGACUUGAGCACGAGGGGUGGAUGAUCCUAGAUUCGUUCGCCGAUGGACCUUUAGGGCGAGCUUUAAAUCUCUGGAGGGGACAUCCCAGAUGGUAUAUGCAUCGCGUUCUUCGCGAGGACUGUGCCGGCAGGGGAGGCUGCUGUGGGCGUGAGUGUGGAUGCUGCCUUAAUCGCAAACUUGAUGAGCCUCGGAGGCGCGCAGCUGGGCACUGCACUGUCGAAUGUGGCUGCUGUCAGAAGGCUAGGGGAUUUGAACUUUCCGAAGAUGAAAAGAAGGUCUUUUCGAUUCGAUACGCGGUCUCCCAGGAUGGCAAGAAGGGCAUCGACUUGAAAGACACGCAAAUGAAGAACCUCGAACUGCAAAAUCUCCGCCUGCAAAAUCUGCUUUCUGAACAUUCAACGAAGGACAAUGUGAUACGAUAUACGUUCACUGAUGGAGUUGCCGAAUAUGAACGCUACUUAAAUGAGGAUGCUAUCACCGACUCUGAAGCCGAAUUCACCGACGACGACGAGUGUCCUGCGGAUGAGGAGGAUCCGUACUAUCGUCGGAUCUCCCAAGCUUCGAUCUGGGGUUUAGUAGAUGGUAACUUCGAGAACCCGUUUGACUUGAUCGACGAAGAACCGGCCUGUGAUCCAACAUGGCAGAUUGACAGUAGCGGCGAAAGGCCAUCCAACGUGGUUGGCCAGGAGGACAAGGAUUCAAUGAUGACAGAAACGGAUUGGUAG